AUGAAACGACUUACAGAAAUUCUUGCAUUCCCUAAGGCUUGGUACAGACACAGUAUAGUUAGGCGACUGUUUUUGGGUGAUUUGAGUGUUCACCAAACUAGUACUGGUGAUUUGGAUUUCACACCGUCUGAUGAGGGUAAGGGAUAUACAAAAAGUGUUGGUGGUUCGUCUUCAGAGAGAAGUCCUCUGCUCAAGGAAAAAUUGCGUUUAAAUUUUGAUGGUGAGGCAUCCAAGUCGUCUGGGGUAAAAUUGAAAGAUAUGGAAAAAUCUUCUAGCUUGGAUUCCAACACAUCUCCGUCAGAACCCAAUCAAGUAACAGCAUGGGAAACUCUUGUACUAUUUGCGGUGAAUUUUAAGAAGCUAAAUGUCCAGAUGAAUAUGGGCAAUGUGAUGGGAAAUGUGGUUUGGCUCACGAAAGCCUUUCAAAGUGAUGGUCGACUAAGUAUUGGAAGUACUGGGCAUAAAAAUAUAUACAUGGGCAUUGGCCUAGGUAGUUCCACAUUAGACGCCAAGGGUGGUAUUGUGGGUGGAACAAUUGAACUAAGAAAAAUUGAUACACAUAUGCGAGUUCAGGAAGAGCCAGGAUGUCAACCACAUCACAUUAUGAGUGUCAAACUAUUGGCUCUAGAACUAAGAUUAGAUUAUAUGGGAACGAGUGUUUUGAUGACAAGGAUAAGCUCUCUUAACGCUGCAAUGGAAGAUAAAUGGGAAAAUUCAAAAGAAUGUUCAUCCGAUGGAAGACUUAAGAAACCAUCUGUAAUUCAUGGAGAUUUAAGCUGGGAUCAGUUGCAGGUGCUAAUAUCGAAGUCAACAACAGCUGAUCUACUCAAGAUGUUCUACAAACUUGAGGAGUUUUUCUCACAGCAAUUCAAAUCCUCAAAGAGGGUAUUUUCAUCAUUGGAGCCAAGAUUUUCCACUGCAGGCAGGACAAGUAGCCUUAAGAGGCGUCAGAUGCAAUUUAGAAAACGAACGAUCUCUGUGACAGACAGUGGAAUUGGUACACAAAGAGAGCAUAGUGCCCAAGAAGCUAGGCAUCAUCGACACUGGCAGAAGCCACUAAAGCAAGUCCUGGGAUUUUGCUUGUCCUCAAUGAGUGGAGAGGCCGUGCCAAUUUCUGGAACAGUUCUCGGUGGCACAAUGGAAUUGCAUGGAAAUAAUAUCUCAUUAGCUUGUUUCCAUGGAAUUAACUUUAAAUCCAAAUCCUGGGCUUUGUUUAGUCUUCGUGAUCCAUGUAUUAAUUUUGCAACUGAGGCUCAACAGAUUGAGAAUACUGAUGAUGUGCAUAUAAAUCAGACAUUAAUAUUUAGUCUUGGAAUGAGUGCUAGGGCUCAGCCACAAAAUCACUCAAUGGCUACUGUCUGUCGGAUGACUCGCAAUAUAAUCUUUCCGCCACAGUUCAAGACACUUCAUGAAUGGUUUCACUAUGCUUUUGCCAACAGUGAGAUAGACUCUGUAGAUCGAUUUCCGGUGCUGGAACGUGAAAAGCCGGAACCCAAUACAAAUUCAAUUGAAAAAGUGCGGUCUGGAGGUGCCGUAGGAGGAUCACAACCUAAGCUACAAGAUCCCAAUCAUAAUCGUGAGGUGAUAUUUGCUCUGCCAAGUCUUAGGUUGCAGUUCAAGACAGAACAUCUUCAAGGAGCUGCAACUCCGGAGUCCAAUCAGGAGGAGAAACCUGUGGUGGAGUGCAGUUUCAUCACAGAAUUUGAAGAUCAUAUCUUUGUGACAGUAGAUGCUGAUGCUUUCUUUUUUCUGCACGAUCUAAUAACGACGUAUCUUAAAGAAAAGGAAAAGGUACUCGCAGCAGCUGGAUAUGCAAGAUCAGCUUCACCAAAUAUUCUUCCUGUCAAUUCAAACCUUACUUCACAAUCUACUACAUCUCCUGAUACUGUAAAAGUUGCUGAUGGUGAUGCAGCAGUUGGAAUGUUCCAAGAAGGUUUGGCAAAUGGUGUCGGUUUAGCUGGUACCUCAACUUCGUCGAAUGCUUCAAAUUCAUCAUCAAAUAUCACAGUGAGUGAGGAAAAGACGUUGAAAAUUGAUAAAAUGGAUAUGGAGGCCUUCUUGAAAGAUUGGCGUGAAUUUGUUUGUCGAACAUGGCAUUUGGAGCCAACUGUACGUCUUUUAUCGUGGGCUGGUAAAUCUAUUGAGCCUUAUGGCAUUGAUUAUAUUUUGAAUAAGUUGGGAUUUAGUCAUGCCCGAACCACUAUCCCAAAAUGGCUUCAGCGUGGUUUUAUGGAUCCUUUGGAUAAGCUGCAGGCCAUGCUUAUGCUGCAACUUCUUUCUAUGGUCAAAGAGAAUCGUGUGCACAAUAGCUAAGCCCUAAAGUGGUGGAUAUUUAUCAAAUCUUACUAUACCUCUCUCUGAUCCAAUGGAUUCAAUCAUACCAAAGAUUUUGCGUUUCAUCAUAGGCGGUUGGCUUCAAAUUAAAUAGAAUUUAGUGAAAUUUAGUGAUCUUAGUGAUGGUAUGCAAUAAAGGGAAACUCAGAAUUAAAA